UACGACACCCUCGUCUUUGGUGUUGUUUCACCUUACGGUUGGAAUUGCUCGGCCGAAAAACUCAUCGCCUUCUUCAACCGCAACAUAGCUCGCGCUGCAGAGCCAUACAAAUCCAACCCAGGAGGUCCCCCACUCACCCGCAUCCUCGACAUUGGAGUUGGCACAGGAUACUUCCCUGCCAGAGCUCCUUUGCCUAAGUGGACUGAGUAUGUUCUCGUUGAUCUAAACGAGACGUGCCUGGAUGUCACUUUACCCGUCAUUGAGAGGGCACAUCCAGAGGUUGGUACCAACGCUACGAAGGUUGUCGGCGACUUCCUAGCUCAAGGUGAUGAGCCGAAGAGCUUGUUUGCGGAGGGAAACAGUUUGCCAGAAGGCGGCUUCGACGCAAUCUCUCUCAUGUUCUUGCUGCAUUGCCUGCCUGGCCCCCCGGCACGCAAAGCGGAGGCUUUAGGACGCAUGGGUCGUUUGUUAAGGCCUGGCGGCGUCGUGUUCGGAGCUACUAUCCUGGGCAAGGGCGUGAGUCGCAAUCCGCUGGCGCGCCUUGUUUUGUGGUUGAAUAACUAUUUUGGGGUCUUUGAUAAUCAUGAGGACGAUGCCGUGGGCAUCUUGGUGCCCCUUCAAAAGAUGUUCAAUGAGGUUCGAUACGAGGUGGUUGGUUGCAUGCUUCUUUUCGAGGCAAGCGAUCCCCGC